AUUUGAACGAUUUGACAUGGGAGUCAGUAAAGCAAAGAUUGAUGGCUCAGUUUUGUCGACCCAAGUUAUCACAAGACUACUUUGACGAAGUUUUACGUUUUCAAAUCGGGUCCAAGGAGACUGCACCAGAAGCUGGAUUACGCUUGUGGAAUAUGAUCGAACGAAUUCCUAAGACACAAUUGGAAGAAGAAGCGAUAACUGGUUUUGUCAUAUCUGUAUUGUGCCAAAAGGAUGGCAUUAUACGUCGCGAAUUGAAUGCCCAUGCUAUUACUACUAAAGCUCAGCUUUUCAGAAUCUUAGGCGGCAUUUCAAUUAAGCGACGAUUCGACGCCACUGAAACUCAAGAACCUGAAUCGAAGCGACCACGUACAACAGAUGCUAGAUUUCCUGGCAAAUGUCAUUGGUGUGGCAUCUCUGGACAUAGACAAUCUGAGUGCAGAAAGCGACGAGCAGAUACUUCUGCGACCUCUAACCAACAAGAUGCUUCAACUCCGGCGCGUACUUCCGAGAAGACUUCAACAGUAACUUGCUACAGCUGCGGGAAUCCUGGACACCUAGCUACGCAUUGUCAAGAAAAGAAGAGCACUAGUAAAGUUGCUGAAAGGAAGGAGGUCAACCUUUGUGAACAACGACUGUCGAGGGGUGUCUUGAGGACGUCGUCCGAACUGCAACACAAAGCGCCCGAGGACGGUCGCAUGUCAGUCCGGCCGUGACGGCGCUUCGCCAGCGCCAUCUUUUAGAUUACGGUGGAACUAGAUUGACGACUCUCAGCCGUCGGUCUGGCGGAGCGUUGGGUCGAUGGUUGGCGCCGCCAUGUUGAAUGUCAGAAUACUUUUGAUUUUCAACGAGCGCACCACGUCACCGACGAAUCGCUUUUGUUCUGCGUAAUCUUGCAUCAUUUUUGAUUGAAAGUGUUUAAAAUUAAGAGAAUAAGAGAUUUCCUAUCUACCAGUGUCUUUAUUUUGUGGAAAAUCGUUUUGAUUAGACAUUAAAUAGCAUAUGAUUGUGAAGUGA